AGGAAAGGAUCAAUGGGCCUUGGCUACUCUGGACCCAAAUACACAAAUCGGGUUAGGGUUUCACAUCUUCACCAAUAAAAUCUGAACCUUUACCCUCUCUCUGUACCACGCUUCUCACUCUCACAUCGUCGUCCAUCGCAAAGAAGCGUGUAAGCAUAUAUUUAGCUAUCAUGGCAAUCACUCUCUACGAACUUAGCUCUGAAUCUGGGUUGAAGAAGCUUGAUGAGUACCUUCUCACACGCAGUUAUAUCUCUGGGUUCCAAGCUUCAAAGGAUGAUGUUACUGUCUAUGCAGCUUUGUCAAAGGCUCCAUCAGAGGAAUUUGUGAAUGUGUCCAGGUGGUACAAGCACAUUGAUGCCUUGCUCAGAAUCUCUGGUGUUUCUGGUGAGGGAUCUGGUGUCAUUGUGGACGGAUCUUCUCUUGUGGCAGAAGAUGCUGUUGCCACUCCUCCCGCUGCUGAUACAAAGGCUUCUGCGGCUGAGGAUGAUGACGAUGAUGAUGUGGAUUUGUUUGGUGAGGAGACUGAGGAAGAGAAGCAGGCAGCUGAAGCACGCGCAGCAGCAGUGAAGGCAUCUGGAAAGAAGAAAGAAUCUGGGAAAUCAUCUGUUCUGUUGGAUGUUAAGCCAUGGGAUGAUGAAACCGACAUGAAAAAGCUUGAAGAAGCAGUGAGAUCGGUGCAGCAGGAAGGGCUGUUUUGGGGUGCAUCCAAACUCGUUGCUGUUGGGUACGGUAUCAAGAAACUGCAAAUCAUGCUUACUAUUGUUGAUGAUCUGGUUUCUGUUGACACUCUUAUUGAGGAUCAUCUCACGGUUGAGCCCAUCAAUGAAUAUGUCCAGAGUUGUGACAUCGUGGCCUUCAAUAAAAUUUAAUCUAAUUAUUCCAUGUGACUUGGAGUUCAGGGUAGUGGGAGAAAUGACAUAUUUUGAUAAUUAUGUUCUAGGGAUACUACUACCCUAAUUUGAAAUUUUUGUUCUCGGGACCUAUAUAUCAUUAUCAUUUGAUGUUGUUUGUCUGCGUGGAUGCUCUUGUAAUCUCCAGGCUUUUAUCUUUAAGGUGUGACAUAUUUUUCUUAAAUUCUAGUUUGAGGUUUGGUA